CUCACUUCAGAGGGAAGCUCGGGGUUGCUUCUCGAGUGGGCGCCGAUGGCGGGGUUCGCGGCGUUGGCGUCGAUGGCGAUCCCGGAAGGCUUCCUUCCUCGCCUCGAGAAUGCCUCUUCAUCACGUCUGAAGGCGUCCAGGGCCUCGUGGAUCGUUCGGACGGAGUCAAAUGUUAGGAAAGAAAAGCUGAAAAUUCCUGAUCCUCCUUGUGUGGUCUGUAAUGGUAGUGGUAGAAUUAAUUGCCACUAUUGCUAUGGGAGAGGAAGAACUAAUUGUGUACAUCUACCAAUGCUCCCAAAAGGUGCAGGACCUGUGGAGGAAGUGGGCUUGGAUAUUGUGACCGAUGUCUGGGAACAGGAGAAUACAGAGAUGUGAUGGGUUUUCAUUUUAUGAAGAUGAGCACUAAGCUGUCGUGAAAUAAC